AUGCUGUCCCAAGUAGCUCUUGUCUCCCUGUUGGCCAGCGCCAGCCUCGGCUCAGCAAGCCCAAUCACCCCACGACAGGCCGCUCAGCAGGUUGUCCGCAUCAACUCGAUCGAGAAUGUCGCCGUCCGUUCCAACGGCCUCAUCCUGGCCACCAACAUGAACAGUGCAACCCUCUACUCGGUCGACCCCGUAGCCAAGACAUCCUCCACCGCCCUCUCCGUCUCCGGCACCAACGGGCUCUCAGGAAUCGCCGAGUACCAGCCCGACCAGUUCGCCGUCAUCGGCGGCGGCAAGUCCAUCUACAAGGUCGACUUCUCCUCCGGCACCCCCCGCUCCACCCUCAUCAAGACCAUCACCGAAGCCCAGAACCUCAACGGCCUGGCCUACUUUGACAACUCGACCGUCCUCGUCGCCGACGCCGGCCGCGGUAACGUCUACAAGAUCGACGUGAACACGGGCGUCUACUCCGAAGUUGCCCGCGACCCGACCAUGGCCCCAUCAGGCGGCAUCCCCUUCGGCAUCGACGGCAUCCGCUACGCCAACGGGACGCUGUGGUACACUAACAUCUUCCGCAACUCGUUUCACAAGAUCCCCCUCGACCCCGUCACGGCCAAGAGCACGGGCGCCCAGACCACCCUCUGGACCAACCUCAUGGGCGAUGACCUCUGCUUCGGUCCCAACGGCAAGAUUUAUGUCACCACCAACAGCAGGAACUCCCUGGUCGAGGUUGACCCGACGGCUGCCAGACCCAGCCCCGUGAGCGUGGGGACCGUGACGGGCAGCACGAGCUGUGCUUUUGGGCGGACAGACAGGGACAGAAACAUUGCGUAUGUCGGCGGUGGACAGGGUGUUUUUGCUGUUACUAUUCGGGUCUGA